GGAGAUUCAGUGGAGCGCAGAGCAACAGCAGGGCUUCUUGGUGGAAAAGGCUGAAGAUAUCAUCUGGGGUUUUCUCCAUCAUGUUGAAAUACUAAUGGAUGUUUCUUCUUUACAACAUCCCAAUUGAUUCCUUUCAAUCGGAACCACUCCCAGCAGCCGUUUCUCUGCUAGAGUGAAUCAGACAUCAGAUAUGUCAAUCUGUAAAGAGCUUUAAAUUGGACUGGCACAGACACCUUUGCAAAGACAUUACAAUAAUUACAAUUAAAGGUUGCAUUAAAAGCUAGACUCCCUGCAUGGGUGAAUACUGCUUCAAUCAAACUGAAGCUACUCAAGAUCACCACGAUUUCAUCUUUGCUUUGACACCUUUGUCUCUCGUCUCCGGCUGGUCCUCUGCACUCCACACCCUGUCAGGAUGAGUGACUCACAGGAAGCGACAUCCCCGGUGGCAGGCAUCGGAGGACCUGCUGCUUGUGUUUCCAAGGUGGAGCUGCGUGUGUCCUGUAAGUCCCUGUUGGACCGAGACACGCUCAACAAGUCUGACCCCUGCGUCAUUCUUAUGGUACAAAAUCAAGGCCAGUGGACAGAAUUGGACCGUACUGAAGUGAUCAAGAGUAACCUGAAUCCAGUCUUCGCUAAAGUCUUAAUGCUGGACUAUUACUUUGAGGAAGUACAGAAACUGCGCUUUGAAGUCUACGACAUUCAUGGAACUCACAGUAUUGGAACUCGCGAUGAUGAUUUCUUGGGUGGUGUAGAAUGCACGCUUGGACAGAUAGUGGCCCAAAAAAAGAUGGUGAAACCUCUUAUGCUGAAAUAUGGAAAAUAUUCUGGAAAAUCAACAAUUACAAUUCAUGCUGAAGAGAUUUCUGGGAACAAUGGCUAUGUGGAGCUUUCCUUCCGUGCCAAAAAGUUGGAUGAUAAGGAUCUCUUCAGCAAGUCAGAUCCAUUCUUGGAGAUUUACCGGAUCAAUGAUGAUGGAACAGAACAGCUUGUACACAGAACUGAAGUAAUCAAAAACAACCUGAACCCUGUGUGGGAGCCAUUUAAAGUGUCUCUCAUUUCUUUGUGCAGCUGUGAUGAUGAAAGAAAGUUAAAGUGCUUAGUCUGGGAUUAUGACUCCAGGGGAAAGCAUGAUUUCAUUGGCGAAUUCUACACCAAUUUCAAAGAAAUGCAGAAGAUUUCCUUGGAAAACAAGGUCACAUGGGAAUGCAUCAAUCCAAAAUACAAACUGAAGAAGAAGAAGAACUACAAGAACUCUGGGCUGGUUAUUCUCAGCGAUCUCAAGCUUCACAGAGUCUAUUCCUUCCUGGACUACAUCAUGGGAGGCUGCCAAAUACACUUCACAGUUGCUAUUGACUUCACAGCGUCUAACGGGGACCCUCGCAAUAGCUGUUCCCUUCACUACAUCAACCCAUAUCAACCGAAUGAAUAUCUAAAAGCUUUGAUAGCUGUGGGGGAGAUCUGCCAGGAUUAUGACAGUGACAAAAGAUUUUCUGCUUUGGGCUUUGGGGCAAGAAUUCCACCUAACUAUGAGGUGUCUCAUGACUUUGCCAUCAAUUUCAACCCAGAGGAUGAUGAAUGUGAAGAGAUCCAGGGGGUUGUGGAAGCCUACCAAAACUGCCUCCCCAAGAUCCAGCUGUACGGUCCCACCAAUGUGGCUCCCAUCAUCACCAGAAUAGCUAAACAGGCGGCUGGGAAAGAACCAAUCAAAGAUGCUUCUCUAUAUCAUAUCCUGCUGAUCCUAACAGACGGGGUGGUAACAGACAUGGCCGAUACACGGGAGGCCAUUGUCCGGGCGUCUUACCAGCCUAUGUCCAUCAUCAUAGUGGGAGUAGGAAACGCUGACUUCACCGACAUGCAGAUACUUGAUGGAGAUGAUGGAGUUCUGCGCUCACCCAAAGGGGAACCCGUCUUAAGGGACAUCGUCCAGUUUGUGCCCUUCAGAGACUUUAAAACAGCUUCACCAGCUGCACUGGCAAAGUGUGUGCUUGCAGAGGUGCCUAAACAGGUGGUGGAGUACUUCAGUCACAAGGCGAUACCACCCAUGAACCCAGUGCUGAAUUCUACGCCCAGCUCCAUUGCCAACACACCAGAAUAACACUCAAAACCUGUACAACCUUUACAGUACUGCAAAGGGUGAGAGCUGGGAUCGGGCUGCUUGGCCAUUACCACAUUACCACAGUCAUUACAUUGAUAACUACUGUUUUUCUUCAAGGUGUUUAUACAGACUAAGAAUUUGGAUCUUGGUGUUAGAUCUUGCCCUUGACACAAUGACUGCUCCCCCCCAGCAUGCACACUGGAGCCCUUUUCCCGCUGCCUGCGUAAGCUCGUCAGAAGGGCAAAAAAAAAAAAAAAAAAAAAAAUAUCACUGAAUUCCCGUCAGGACCACAGGCACCUGAUCAUUGCUGGCUCUUUACAACUGCACAAGGCCACCUCUGCAUUCUGCUGGAUAUCUAUGCCUUUUAGAGCUCUCUGAGACUGCUUUGAGAGCUCUGCCUGCCUGUGUGCUUUUUUUCAUUUCUGGACUCCUGGAGGACUGGAGCAGAAAUGUUCAGAAAUAUACAAUGUAAAAAUAUUCCUAUAGAUUAUAUCAUGCACACUGAUUCUGAAAGAUUGAGUUGAGCAUUUUGUUUUACCAGACAAAUAUGCAUAUUUUAUUGCAGAAGUAGAGAUGAAAGUAAAGGUAAGGGGCGUGGAAUUAUAUUGAUGAUUAAAUUGAGCGAUUUGAAUUUAAAGACCCCAUGGAAUCAAAAUGAGAUUUUAGUCCAUGCAUGUUUGCUUUGAGGUCAUCUAUAUGCUAGUUGACAAAAUUAACUUAUAGUAGAUAUACGGAUUAAAUAUUUAGAGUCUUUUUCUUACAGGAAAACAGACCAAAAACAUUGAUGAAUCAUGCUGCACUAUACAGAUUUUUGUCCAGUACAAUCAGGGACUAGAAAGGUUCAAGGAACUAAAACGAAAACCGAAAAAAAUCGAAAACAAAGUCCCUUUCAAUUGUUCCAGAGUGAAAACAUUAUUUUUAAAUGCUGAUAACUGGUUAAUAACAUUGUUAUUUUGUUCUGAUAAGUUUUCUUGAUACCAAAGACCAAAGGGUUUAUCAGGUGCUUUGCUGAAUUAUUGUUAGACAUGACGAGGGCUGUUUCUGAGCAAUGGGGGCCCUAAGCGAAAUCCUACUUGGUAGCAGGCUUACAUUAAUUUAUUACCAUUUGGAAAGUAGUCCACGGGACACUGGGUUUGGAAUGAAAAAAAUACUGAUAAAAAAAAAAAAUAAAUAA